AUGAGGCUACAGCUUGAUCAACAUGGCAAGAUCAAAACAUACAUCCACAUAGCACAAACUGCCGUGCUCGCCCUCGCGUGGGUUCUCACAAUAGCGCUCUUGACCCGUGGAGGAACGACCGACAGCCGCGUCGGCUGGUACUUUGGGCUGUGCUGGCUUACGAUCCCGAUCCUGAUCUACCUGGUCAUGGUGCCGAUGUGGUCCCGCGCACGGCGAUUCGCCAACGUCUACGCCUUCGCCUGCGUCGACGGGCUCGCCGUGGUGCUGUGGCUCAGCGCCUGGGCGGCCGUCGCGUCGUACGUCGUCGCGGGCAAGGGCAAAGGGGACAAGAAGGACGGGUCUUCAGGCUGCGACAAUUUCAAGUACGGGACCCCCGGCCGCUGCAAGCUCAGCGAGACCAUCAUCGUGUUUGGCGUCUUUGAAAUGCUCCUCUUCAUCGCCACGACCUUCUUUUCGCUCCGCACCGUCAUGGUCUUCAAGCGCACCGGCAUGAUGCCCGACAACGCCCAGCGAUACCCCGGGGCCGUAUCCCACGACGACAAACCGGACGACUUCUCCGCCCAGACCCAGGAUGCCUUUUCGACCAGCAUGCGCCCCGACGAGGAUUUGGACGACGAAGAACGCACCGGUGGCAGAGGACGGCACCCUGAGUACGCUUAUCAAAAGCCCGGGUACGAUGACGACCAGUAUGCCCCGCUGCAUCAGCAAGAGCAGGAAGACAUCGUGCAUAUGCAAUCGGUGCUGCCGCAGAGUCCCUUGGACCAUAGUGGCCUGGGGAUCCAAGACUACAACACCGCAUACACUGGUUACGGAAAUCAGCAGAUGCCAGGUCGAUGA